UAAAUACUGUGUAAACAGCUGCUGCUCUCACUAAAUAUUCUCACUUUUCUGUGCCCGUGAACAAUGGCAUUUAAUGACAUACCCAUCGACACUUUAAAAAGAAAAAUAGAUGAAGCUACACGCUUUCUCUCCAUAUCGUUAAGUAUCUCAAAUGCGCACACUGUGGACUUUUACACGCGUGAUGUUUGGAGCACGUUCAUGUGUGCGAGUCCAGAGGAAGUGUUGUGUGCUAUCAGUUCCACACAAGACCGCAUGGGGGCGAUAGAAGAGAAGGAAAACACCACCUUUGGUUUCUGCAAUGCCUCAAAGAAGUUGGUGGACAUAUCAGCCCUGCUGAGGGCAGCGAAAGCUCACUGUUUACCGGGUCUGGGGGUCUGUAUGCAGCUGGAGGAUCUGAUGCAGAAUCUGAGACUGAUGACGAGAGACAUUAUAGAAGGAGUGUCAUCAGACGAAGUUCUUGGACCGGAUGAGUUUAUGAACUGUAAGAAGGCCCAUGAGGUGCAGGCAAUGUCUGAGGUUGUGGCUAGUUUGGCCAAAUGCUGUCGAGUCAAACAGGUGAUAGACGUGGGUUCAGGGAAAGGCUAUCUGUGCUCCUAUCUGUCCAUGCGGUUCAACCUGCAAGUGUUCGGGAUCGACUCCUCCAGCACCAACACGCAUGGAGCUCAUGAGAGAAACAGGAAACUGAAGAAGUUCUCCAAAGCCUAUCAGAAACCGGACAGAGCCACUAAGAAACAACCUUUGGAUAGUGAGGAUGGGAGUAAACAACACAGCAGAAACUUUGAAAACAGUGAUGGCCACAAAAACUUUAUUACUAAGGAAAAGGAAAGUUUUGGGGCUCAAGCGGAAACCAGUGCUUUAUCAAGACAAGUCACCAAUGAUUUAUCCACUUCAGAUAAUGCCGCAGUAUGUUCAUUAGACCCAAAUGAUUCAGAUUCAGGAAGCAGCUUCCUCAGUAUGCUGUCUCUGGACGUCAUAGAGGACGUCUCUCCCCGCGUCCACCCCAGCCAGCUGAGUCUGGAGGACAGGGAGAAGAGGAAGAGAGAGAAUCUGGAGAGGAAAACUCGAGAAUGGAGGGGGAACGACAGCGACGGCAGCCUGUUUUCCCCUCUGACCUCAUAUAUCACUGCAGAAACUGAGCUCAAGACGCUGAUCACAGAGCUGGAGGAUGCAGUUCUGGUUGGCCUGCAUACAUGUGGAGAUUUGGCCCCCAGCACUCUGCAGAUGUUCAAGGCCAAACAGGAGCUGCGCGCCGUUUGCAGUGUGGGCUGCUGCUACCACCUGCUCUCUGAAGAGUUUGAUCAGGACAGACAGGGGUGUGUCGAUGGUGUGUGUGGUUUCCCUAUGAGUCAGUAUCUGAAGGCUCAGGCGUGUUUCUGUGGUCGAAAUGCCAGGAUGUCAGCUUGUCUCGCUCUGGAGAGAGUGUCUGCUGGAGGAGGGCUGCCUAUGGAGUCACUUUUUUAUCGGGCGGUUCUUCAUGUUAUUUUACGGGAUCACUAUGAUUCCUUUAAAAGUGAGAAACGUGUUGGGAAUGUGUACUCCAAAGCCUCGUCGUUUGUGGACUAUGUCAGACGAGCACUUAGGAAGCUGGAUCUGGAUGACACCACACUGUCUGACGGUGACAUUCAGAGCUAUCAUGAACUCUACAGUCCCAGAAUGAAUGAGAUGGUGGCUUUUAACAUGUUGAAAGUCACUUUGGCUCCGUGUAUAGAGGGUCUCAUCCUCCUUGACCGACUUUGCUACUUGAAAGAGCAGGUAACAAACCAUUUGUAG